AUGAAAUCCUCUGCCAAGGAAUGGGUCAAAUGCUGCCCUACCUGUCAAGCAAAUUGGAGAGCUCAUGCCCCAGCAAUUGCCCUAAAACCCUUAGAAGUUCCCCUGUUUCUGUUCCACACCAUCUUGUACAACUUCAUCACAGGGUUCCCCAAGUCCCAAGGGCACAAUGCCAUACUGGUGGUCAUAGAUUCCUUCUCCAAAUUUGGCCACUUCAUCCCUACUUCAAAGAAGGUAUCAGCUAAAGGACUGGCAGACCUAUUUGUCACACAUGUCUGGAAACUACAUGGGUUACCAGUCAAAACAGUGUCAGACAGAGGGACUAUGUUUACAGGAAAGUUUCUAAGGGCACUCUACCAACAGCUAGGCAUCAGACCAUCCUUCUCAUCAGCCUAUCACCCAGAAUCCAAUGGUCAAACAGAAAGGGUAAACCAGUUCAUCAAGUUCUACCUCAGGUCCUAUGUCACAGCAGAUCACUCAGACUGA